AUGACCGCGGAGGUGCCCGGGUACGCCGUGCGCCGGGGCAGGUGGAAGGGCAUCGUGCCCCACUGCAGCCAGAACGACACGCUGGAGCCCCACGUGUCGGACUCCAUGAUGCUCUUCGACCUCGACAGCGACCCAUCUGAGACCACCGACGUGUCCUCGGUGCACGCUGACGUCGUGGCGUCGCUGAAGCAGCUCGUGAUCUCCGAGUCCCUGUCGUGCCAGUGCUACCAGGGGCCCUGCAGAGGCACGCAGGGCUCGUGGAGCGUGACUUGGGAACAGUUGGCUCUGUGCAGAGCCUGCGUAGACUCGCAGGCCUGCACGAUGGCGCUGACGUUCGCCUUCUUCCUGGUCUACCUGCUGCACGCGCUGCUGCGGUCGACGGUCGAGCUCUUCGGCGGCAUCCCCGGCGCCGUGCGCCACGGGCACGACGCCAGCAGCGUCCGCGAGUGCGUGCUCGGCUGGGAGCAGUGCCUGAAGAUCUGCACGUACACUGUGAAUUUGGCGCCCAUGCUCUGCAUCCUCUUCAUGGCGGCGCGCAUGCGCGCCCUGCAGAUCGACCCCAGGUCGGGGAGGCCGCAGUGGUGGGCGGAGAGCUGCUUCUACUGGUGCACGGCCUCCGUGAUCGCCCACGUGCUGAUCGUGUUCCUGGCGCAGGUGGCGGGCAUCCAGCCCGAGAUGAGCCCCGCGGUGCAGGCCUGCCUCCUGCCGCUGGGCCUGCGCCCGGCGGGCCGGAGGAGCUCCGACGACAAGCUGGGCCUGUCGCCCCCGCCCGUCCCGAGCUCGCCCCAGGAGUCCAGGCUGGCGCUGCUGGCAGUGUGCGCUCGUGCCCGCGAGUUCGACCCCGCGGGCGUAGAACGUGGCACAAAGGGCUGGGGCUACGUCAGCGUGGUAAACGAUCUGGCCGCGAGAGUGGACAUGCCAGUGAUGGUCAUCAACGGCAUCGCCGAUGGGCCAACCAUGGCUGUCACCGCAGGCCUCUAUCCGCUAGAGUACUGCGGCAUCGAAGCAGCGGGGCGCUUGUACGCCCAAGUGGACCCAGAGCAUCUGUCUGGCAAGCUAGUCAUCGUGCCAGUGGACAUCAACGACCUAUUCCCGGGCGAUCCCAAGGGUACUGUGUCGGACGUGUUAGCACACAAGCUUUUCACCGAUGUGAUCUUGGCCGCCGACGCACACGUGGAUCUGCGUGGAGGCGAGGUCACGGAAUCCCACUUGAUGCACACCAUAUAUCUGGAAGGUUUUGGAAAUUUGACCACGACUGUGAAGGAGAUGGCGUCACUCUUUGGCCUCCCGUACUUGAUAUAUGAGCCAGAGUACCGCCGUCCCGGCCCACUUAUAUAUGAGGCUAUGGCUCGCGGAAUUCCGUCAAUUGUCAGCGAGUCGGGCCUCGGCUAUAAUCCGCAGCCAGGUGAAAAGCAAGUUCUCGGGCACGUCGUUGGCGUCACGAAUCUGAUGACGCACUUGAAGAUGGUCGAUGGUAAUGUGACCCAUCCAGACCGUCAGCACUUCCUCCUGCCAGAACGCGUGGAGGUCCAGGUCUCCGUCGGGGUCCACAUCGGGAUCGGCGGGGUCUCCGUCGAAGUCCUUGUCGGGGUCGGCGGGGUCUCUGCGGGGCUCUCUGUCGGGGUUGUCGCGUCUCUGUCGGGGUCGGCGGGGUCUCUGUCGUGGUCUCCGUCGGGCAUAGCGAGCGUGCUGUCAGUGAUCUGUUCCGAGCUCCGCGCGUGCGAGCUGGUCCCGGCGACGGGGCCCGAGGUCUCCGAGGCCCAGUGCUUCAACGCCGCGGCCGGGGCCCGCAGGCCGCACUUGCCGCGCCCGCUGGCACUGCUGCUGGCCUGCGCGGCGGUGCCCGCGGAGCCGCGCGUGGCGCUGCAGGUGGAGUACGGCCUGUCCAUGCAGCCUCUGGUCUGGGCCCGGGUGGGGGCGCAGCGCCUGCAGCUGGUCUUCGAUUCGUCCUCCGCGGACAUGCUGGUCUUCGUGGGAGAGGAGGGCGCGUGCUCCGACCGCUACAAGCGUCCCUGCUACUCCUUCCGGGCGGGCCUCGCCGGCGGGACGCUGCGGUUCUGCCAGGACUCGUCGAAUUGCGACCAGCUCUUGGAAAGCGUGGAAUGCAAGAACACCACCUCCAAGCCGCACUUCAAGAAGUCGAACCAGGGCGACCUCUCAAUAUGCGGGCUCCUGUACCACGAGAGGAGUGUCGAGGCGCUCGAGGAGGUGGAGAUCGAGCUCCAGGGGACGGCCGCGGGACAGGCGGCGUGGAGGGACGCGCCUGCGCGGCUGCUCGUGGAGCCGCUGCAGGCGUCCGCGCCCGACAGGGGCCCGCCAGGCUACAUGCUGGGCCUCUUCGAGGGUGCGGGCGGCAUGUUGGGCGCGGCCGGGCCCACGCUGAGCUGCCGCAACGACAGCGCGUGGAAGCGGCUGCUGCAGCACUUGAACGCGACCGGCUUCGUGCUGGACCUGCAGCCGCCGCCGCACGCCUGGGCCCCCCCUGGCCGAGACCCGCCGCCGGCCAGCUCCUUCUGGGAGGCGGCAGCGCUCGAGGCGGCGGACGAGCAGCCCAGCGGCGAGGUUACGUGUGUAGUCGACGUGGGCCAUGGGCGCUUCCGGACAUCCGCCAGCCUGCUCGGGGACGGUUUCGCGUGUGCCAGCCGGGAGAAGACGAUCGACGGGCAGGAGGGCGCCGCGUGGCCGGAGGGCCUCGUGUGGAGCCAGCCCAAGACGGGGGGGGAGCCGUUCAACGACGCCCUGCACACGUUCCUGAUGUUCCACCCGACGGUGUGCGGGGUGGAGCUGCUCCGCAACGUGUCCUCGCACUGGCUGGUGAUCAUAGACACGUCCGGGCCGUGCCUGACGUUGCCCCCCUUCAUCUUCGACAGCGUCCGCGCGCACGUGCCGAUGGACUGCCCCUUCGAGGUCGGGGAGAUGGCGCGCGGCCGGCUCUGCUCCCCGAGGCGGGAGUUCACGGGCAGCACCUCCCUGCCGUCGCUGCGCUUCCAGCUGGACCCCCCUCCCCCGUGCCCGCCGUGA